AUGGCCGCCCUUGUGGGAUUCCUCAAGGACGAAGACAGCAAUGUACGAGAUUCCGCCGCUUAUGCCCUAGGCAAGCAGUCGACGUUAUCAGACACAACCACGGCCGCCCUUGUCGGACUCCUCAAGGACGAGGAUUGGAGAGUACGAGAAAUCGCCGCUAAAGCCCUAGGUAAAAGCACAAACUAA